AUGCAAGCUAAAUACAAUCGACUCUCAGAAGCGGUCGCCAGAGACAUGGAAGCAUCAAACGCGACCCGUGCACAAUUCGAUGCCGAGGUCGAAAGCAUGAUCACUCUGGAGGAUGAGUGCAACGCUGCAUACGUGAUCGUCAGGCGAAAAAAGGAUGAAUUCAAAGCACUCAAAGAAGCUGAAGAAAGAAAACGGCAAAAAGCCGAUCAAGACGCCAUCAGGGCCAAAGAAAAGGCCGAUCAGGACGCCAUAAGGGCCCAAGAAAAAAUCGAUCAAGACGCUGCAAGAGCACAAGAGAGAAUCAUCCGUCAACAAGAAUUUCAAGAUCAACAGAACUUGUUCCGACAACUGAUUGCCGCCAUUCCAGCAGCAGCUGCACCAGGAGCACCAGCAGCUCCAGCCGCAGUUACAUCGACUAAGCUCCCAAAACGUCAAAUUAAACCAUUCAAAGGGGACGUGCUCGAAUGGACGGCCUUCUGGGAAGGUUACAACGCAGCCGUCCAUGAAUCAGCCAUUCCGGCGGUUCAAAAAUUUGGAUAUCUUAAAGACUACUUGAAAGGUGAAGCACAGCUGUGCGUGGAGAACCUGGAGCUGACAGACGCCAACUACACCGUUGCAGUGAAUCUACUGAAGGCGAUGUACGGCAAACCGGACGUCCUGAUCGAGGCCCACACCCACAAAUUAGCCACGCUGCAACCAGUGAAAGACAUAGCUGAUACCGCGGCGCUCAGGUGCUUCCAGCUGACUAUCCAGUCACAUAUCAAUGCGUUGGAGACACUGGGAGUUGCAAGAACGAGCCACGGAUGCCUCCUUGGAUCAAGCAUUUUACGCUCGAUCCCACUCAAACUUCAAGAAAAGUGGGCAGAAUCCGCAACAAACAAGGUAACAGACAUUGAUCAAGUGUUAAAAUUUAUCGAAGAGCAAGUUGAAGCUGCAGAGCGACUCAGCCGUCUGAGAGCUACUACACCAAAGCCGGCCCAAAAUUCUCCGCAACCGGCAAAAAUAAAACCAGCAACAACACCGACAGCUUCCCAGCUCGGAGUCAGCAGCAAGCCGACUCCACAAACAAACCAUCCAAGCAAAACAAGAAGAAAUGGCAGCCCACCACCACCAAGGAGAGAAGCGACAGCAUCAUCUUCAAGAAAGCCAAUGCUGCCCUGCGUGUUCUGCAAGGAGAUGCAUUGGGCCACGAAUUGCCCAAUGGAGCUGAAAGAAAAAAAGGCAGUCAUCACCAACGAAAGAAGAUGCUCUAACUGUUUCGGUCAACACGAGACCACCGUUUGUUUCAAUCCCCGCAGGUGUCAGCGAUGCCGAGCAAAGCACCACACAUUCUUGUGUGCCGAGAAAGAUACCAGAUUCGGAUCCUCAACCAUAAUCCCAAAUAAACCGGCCGCUGGAAGCAGCUCAACUACAGCGUGCGCAAGCUCCUUUGGUGAGAUUAUUCUCAAAACAGCAACCGUUUACAUUUUAGGCCCAUACGGAAAGCAGAUCCGAGCAAUUCUCUUCCUCGACGACGGCAGCCAUAGAACAUGGAUUAAAAAGCAGAUUUCAAGAGAACUUCAACUGAAGAUAAUCCAGGUGGAACAAAUCGCGACCAGGGCCUUCCGCCAGACAGAGGCCCCUCCAGCAGAAACUCACAACGUGGUCGAAAUGACGGUGCGGGGCACCUGGCCAGGAGCCCCAACGGUGCGCAUAGAAGCUUUGGAGGCAACCGACAAAGUAGGAAGCACCGGCCCGUACCAAACUACAGAAUUUGCAAGAAAGCUGUGGUUGGAAAAUGAAAAUUUGGCAGACGACCGCUUCGAACGUGAAGGAGGAGACGAGGACGUCGGAAUUCUUGUUGGAAUGGACCAAAUGUUCAACAUCAUGUUCAACGAGCCAGCAAUUACAAGCCCGUGCGGACUCAGAGCCUACAGUUCGAAACUUGGAAAGGUCAUCGGCGGUCCAUCCCAAGAAACAACAUCGAAGCAAAGUCAAUCAAUUGUCAGUCAACUACUAAUCAAUUCAAAUUGCUCUCUACCACAGAUCACCUCACAGCCAUCAGAAAUUUUUAACAGAAUCCAAUCAAACAAGUCGGAAAGCAGGCAGACAGGAAAUUCCAGUCUCCUUCCACUACCAGAAAAUUCUGAACAAAUCUGCUUUUUCGACUCAACAAAAGAAAGUAAAAGGUUUGAAAUGGAGAAGUUAAAUUUUGAUAUGUCGUUAUUUUGGCGUCUAGAAAAUUUCGCGAACUUAAACGACUGCGUUGCUGUGGAGAAGGACGAUCAAUUCCGCUCCUUCUGCGAAGAAAUCACGCGAUUUGAAGACGGCAGAUAUUGCAUGCCAAUACCAUGGACGACUGACAGAUGGAGACUGGAAAUCAACCACCAGAUGGCAGCAGUAAGACUGAGAAGCAUGCUGCACAAGCUCCGAAAAUCUCCAGUCGACUUGGCCAACUACACAAAAGAAAUCGAACAACUCAUAGCAAACGGAUUUGUAGAAGAGGCUGAUUUCAAUUACGAUGGCCUCCACACUUAUCUACCGCAUCAUCCAGUCUACCGAACAGACAAGGCCACCACAAAAAUCCGACCAGUUUUCGACGGCGCCGCAAGAUCCAAAUAUGGACCGAGCCUCAACGAUGUUCUGGAGACCGGACCAAAUCUUAAUCCUGAUCUCCUCUCGGUCUUAAUGCGCUUCCGGGAAAACGGGGCGGAUAUUGCGGAAAUAUCGAAAAGGCCUUUCUCAACAUCGCGCUGCAGCCCGAAGACGCUGAAGCUGUCAGAUUUUUAUGGCCAAGAAAACCGGAAGAACCCAACUCCGAUUUCAUCGCUCAAAUCUAGAUUUUCUACGACAGUCGAGCAGAUAGAAGAGCAGCUUUACGUAGACGACUACCUCGGAGGAGCAGACAACGUGCCAACAGCCAUAACUACGGUAGAAGAAACCGUCACGUUAUUCUCAGAGGCCCAACUCAACAUGAGGAGCUGGGCAACAAACAACAAGCAGCUCCGUGACUUUCUCACCGAAAAAGAAAUGUCGAACCAGAUUGUCGGAAUUCUCUCACCCACAAUAGACGGCCAGCAAAAGGCACUGGGUCUUAGAUGGGACACGAGCUCCGAUUCAUUUAAAUUUUACCCUACAUCUAUAAUGGAAGCAGCCGUGCAGAUAGGAGAAAAAAUCACCAAAAGAAAAAUUCUGAGCAUAUCAGCAAGGAUAUUCGACCCAAUUGGUUUCCUAGCUCCUACAGUCUUACUUUUAAAAAUAAUUUAUCAAAAACUUUGGGAAGGAGACAUAGGUUGGGACGAUGACGCCACACCCGAAGUGAAGAACACCUGGAGCAGCAUCAUGAAAGGCCUGAAAGAUCUACAUCAUUUGGAGAUCCCACGAUGGAUUGGAUAUUCAAAAACUUCCAUCGUCUCCGCAGAAAUUCACGUGUUCGGCGAUGCAUCAGAAGCAGCCUACGGAGCAGUAGCCUACGCACGGCUCCGACUGGAGAACGGAAUUCCUUACACCAUCCUCCUUGCAAGCAAAACCAGAGUGGCACCUCUCCCAAAAAAGAAAGUAACGUUACCCAGACUCGAACUACUAAGCUCUUUGUUAGCAAUUCGUUUAGGAGAGAAAAUCCGAACCUCCCUUCACACCGAGUCAUGGAAAACGACUUACUGGACAGACUCCCUCGUCACACUUGGAUGGAUACGAGGAGAUCCUUAUCGUUGGAGACCGUUCGUGCGAAACCAGUUGGAAACCAUCAGAAAAUUUUCCAACGCGGAUUGGUGGAGACAUUGCCCCGGAUUGGAGAAUCCAGCCGAUCUCGCUUCGCGGGGAGCGCCAGCGCAUGCGCUGGUGGAAUCGAAACUUUGGUGGCACGGACCAGCCUGGCUGACAGAAGGAGAAAGCGAAUGGCCGAAUUCUCCAGAAAACCACUCCACCGAAACUCAAGAGAAAAUCGAGGAAGAGGAGACAAAGAAAACGGCAACUGUCUCCUUUGCAGCAGUCGAAACAGCCCAGCCGAUUGAAUGGUACCUCGACAAAACCUCUACAUGGACAAAACUACUUUUCAGAACAGCCUGGGUCCUCAGAGCACUCAACCGUAUGAAGAAAAGAACGCGCGACCCAGGACUUGAACUAAAAGAAGUCAUUACAGUCGCCGGAAAAGAAAUAACGAUCGACAAGAUAGUCACCGAAGAGCUCAACGAAGCGGAGCUAGCCAUCUGCAGACAGCUCCAAAUAGAACGCUAUCCCAAAGCUUUUCGGACACUCCAGCUCGGACUGCAGAUUCACCCAAAGGAGAAAAUCGCAUCGCUCCGACCGGUCUGGGACAAUCGAGAUCGACUCAUCCGAGUCACUGGAAGAGUGGCGCUCGCCCUCAGGGAUCGAGACAUUCAACCACCGAUCCUUCUCCCAGCAAACCAUUCUGUUGUAAAAAUGUUAAUAACUAACAAACAUGUAUUUAAUUCAUACACAGGAGUAAAGACGACACUGUCAGAACUGAAAGAAAAAUAUUGGAUCGUGAAAGGACGCCAACAAGUGAGAAACGUUUGGUUCGCCUGUGUGAAGUGCCAGAAGCUGACUUCACCUCCUUUCCGACAAAUAGCAGCGCCGCUACCAGCCAACCGACUCCGCGAUGCCAGGGCAUUCGAAAUAACCGGAACCGAUUUCGCUGGCCCGCUGUACUACAAAAACGCGACUCCGAAAAGGAAAUCCAAGUCGGCGCCAUCCGUCGAACAAGUCAUUCCGGAACCUCCACCAGAAGAAGAGAACCCGGAUGCAGCGGAGCUUCCCACCGAAGAAGCUCCCGAAGAAGAAGACGAUGGCGACCAACCGGAUCCGACACAACAAGUCAACAAAAAGCAACCCAAAAGUUACAUGUGCAUCUUUACUUGUGCCGUGACGAGAGCGAUUCAUCUGGAGUUAACCAAGGACAUGACGGCUCGCUCAUUUCUGUUAGCUUUCCGUCGAUUCUCCGCCAGAAGAGGCCCAGUGAGUGGACGAUCCGCUCCCGAUCACUCCGAAUCAGUUUCUCAACAAUCGUCGUUCAACUUGUGCUACGCCGGAGCCAGCAGUCAACCUAUUGGCUCCCGAUUCAACAAGUGA